AUGGUCAAACCCGACCCCGAAUCGAACAACAGCAAGGUCUGGAUUCCAAUUACUAUCGUUGCAUGUAUUUUGUCCGUGAUCCUCGUGGCAUGGUGUGUCUGUCGAUGUUCGCGUGAUGAAGACGACCACGAUCGUGGCUGGGGUGGCCGUGGCCGUGGCCGUAUCCCGAACCCGCCACUUGACUGGUUUGCUGUUGCACCUCCGAGACGACCGAGAGGUGGUCCCGGGCCCGAUGGACCUCGAAGACGAAGACGGCCGCCGUUCAACUUGCCUCCUGGUGCGGCAGCAGUGGCAGCGAUAGGAGCACCACGAGUGCGUGGACUCCCCAUGCCUCUACCCUGGCAGGAAGUUGUGUUCGCCGCCGAGUAUCCUAUAAUGCGGCAACGAGCACAACAGCAAUGGGAGGUCGCACCGGAACCUAGAUUGGAUAUUCCUAUGCCGCGUCAGCCGGAGCCUUUGGUUCUCGUUCGCGAACCGCGAGGCGCCGUGAUGCAAGGCGUGCGGCGGGACGGACAGCCACGAGUGUUUAUGGACAACAGGGAUCUUGAAAGAGAUGCUGCUGCUGAUCCGCUGAUGGAUUGGCGGUUCGCUGAGGGAUUGGGAGCAGGACCGUAUCGACACGCACUUGGAUUUGCGCCGGGUCAGGGACUGGGAAUGAUGGGGCCAGUGGCAAUUGGUCCUCAACAUGCAAACAGACGCCGAAGCAGGAGAAGACGAGUACGAUUUGAUCCCCAUCCUCAUUGGAUAGAGGAGAGGAGACCGGACUUUGAUCACGAUGACGAUGAGGGCGACGACGAUGAUGGUGGCGUUGGUGUGAGAGCGAAUAUCAUUGAGAGGCGCCCGAUAUUCGAUUGA